AUGUGGGGAAAAGUGGUGAAGGUUUUGGACUGGGUACUGCGGAGGGAGGGAGGGGUGGGGCGCCGAUCGAUGGUGGCAGUCCGGGGCGAGAUGUUCACGACGCUCGAGAAACUGGGCCUUCUCCUGGCCGGCAUCGUCGUCUACAAGCUGGGCCGGGGCCUCGCCUCCAUCGGCUACUAUCUCCUCGCCCCCCUCGUCAACCUCAACGUCGACUUCUCGCAGAAGGGGCAAUGGGCAGUUAUCACUGGAGCUACCGAUGGAAUCGGCAAGGCAUUCGCUUUCAAGUUGGCAGAGAAGGGGAUGGACAUUGUUCUCAUAAGUCGGACAAAAACAAAACUAGAAAGUGUUGCCCAAGAAAUUGAAACGAAGUACAAAGUAAAUACAAAAAUUAUUGAAGCAGAAUUCACAGAAGGCUUCAGCGUAUUUCAACACAUUGAAAAAGAACUACUUGGUCUCGAAAUUGGAGUCCUUAUCAAUAAUGUAGGAAUAAGUUAUCCAUACCCAGAGUACUUCCUAGACCUGGACAAACGAGAGAAAGUAUUUUAUGACAUGAUUCAAUGUAAUAUUGUCACAAUGCUUGAAAUGUGCCAAAUAGUGAUGCCAGGUAUGGUAGAAAGAAAAAAAGGAGUUGUGAUAAACAUUUCAUCUGGCACAGGAGAGAUUCCUAGCCCUUUGCUCUCAGUUUACUCAGCCAGUAAGGCUUUUGUUAUAAAAUUUACUAAAGAUCUUGGUACAGAAUAUAAGAAGCAUGGAAUCACUAUUCAGUGCCUUGUGCCAGGUUUUGUGGCAACUAAAAUGACCAAAAUAAGAAAAUCAACAUGGAUGGCACCUUCUCCAAAAGAAUAUGUCUCUAAAGCAUUAGAAACAACAGGAAUAAGGAGGCAUACAGCUGGAUACAUUCCACAUAUUUUAUUGCUAAAUAGUGUCAAGCUAUUAGACAGGCUUAGUCCACGAUUUGCAGAGUGGAUGAUAAUGAGAUUAAAUCUGAACAUCCGAGCCAGAGCUCUUACAAAACUACCACAGACGAUUGGGUGAAAUCUCAGGGACUGAUUAAG